GCUUGUUUUAUUUUUCUUAUUUUUAUUCAUUCAAUUCGUAAAUAAAAUAAUGACUGCUUCAGACGAAAUUACACAAAAAAUAAAUUUAACGCUGUUGAAUGGCACCGGCUAUGUGUUUAACGUGGAUGACUACAUGACAUUGCGGCAGAAGCACCGCAUUGUGGGUGCGCUGGUGGGCACGUGUAAUACGCGCGGCUGGUCCGCCAACGAUUGCACUUUACCAGUAGAAUUGACACCCCAUGAAACUCGCUUUCUCGUGGAGCGCGGCAUUGUUCAAUUAGUUUCCAAGCAACAAACAUUAUUGUGUGUGCCUGAAGCCAGCGAGCUUGUGCAGUACCAUGAACGUUUAGAGGCUGGUUUUGCUGCACAAUCAGAAUCUUUAAAGGCUGAAAAAUUGCGUGAGGCCGAACGUAAUAUGGACAAAAUACUGACUGGCAAGCGAAAGAAGCUAUUGAAGGAGGGCAUGGCUGGAGCUGAUAUUAACUUAGAUGCUGCGCAAGUUCUGCAGGAAAUUGCCGAUAAUUUCGUUUUUGAUCGAAAAAAUGCACAACUCGAAAUUGACUGUGCUCAUACACAACCACACGCUUACACAAUUGUCGAGCCGCCGCCCAUUGAGAAUUCUCUCAAAUAUAACGUUUUUUGUGAUUUUUGGAAGCGUGGCUACUACGUUACUGCAGGCGACGCGUUCGGCGCUCAUUUCCUGCUUUAUCCUGGUGAUCCCCUCCAAUAUCACGCUUCACACAUUGUCAUAUUACUCGAUACGCCCAUAGUAGAGCCUUUGCACUUGAUUGCCAAAGUGCGUUUGUCUGUGAUAGUCAAUAAGAUUUGCGUUUUUGCUUACUUUGGUAGUGAAAAAGCGAGUGGCAAUGAUACGGAUGGCACUAGCGCUAGCACGGAAAGUAAAGUUCAUUACCAAACUGUGCAAUGGGAGGGCAAUAGAGACAAGCAAGAUCAAGCAGGAACAAGUAAAAAAAGUUGAUACGCAAGAGGCAAGCAGGAAAUUUUAAAGAUUGUUUAAAGCGGCUAUGGGAUUGUUUGUAAUAGAGUCCGACCGAAUAGUAAUAUUUGGCUGAUGCUGAUUCCUUAAAACAAUUACCUGAAUACAAAUUCAAAGGAAAACAUAAACAAAUAACUAAAUAACAUUGUAAAACAAAUAAGCAUUCGAUAAUCUAUUCAUUUAUUUAUGUAUACUCUUAAAUAUUUGUUAAAGACUUCGUUGCAUAGUAUUUUUCAUAUUCAAUGUAAAAUAAUUAGUUCAUUUGAGAUUACAUUUAGGGAUAGUCAUAGUCGUAUACUCAAGUCGCCUCUUGAGAAACCCGGUAAGCCUGUUAUUUGUUACACAUUAGUUAGAAUUUUCAAAAAAUCGAUUUUUUUAUUUUAUUUUCUUAAUGUUUAUACAUUUAAGAAUACACACUUACUCGAAAACGGCUGAACCGAUUAGUCUAAAAUAUUAACACAAGCUGCUUAAA